UUUUUUUUUUUUCCAAUCAGGAGGGCAGCCUGGGAGGGAUUUCCUGCAGAGAGAGAGAGAAAAAAAGAGGGAUCCUGCUUGGAAAGGAGGCGGCGGCGGCGGCGGUUUCUUUGCAGAAGAGUUCCCAAGCGCGCCCCGCCCCCUGAAAUUGACUAGACUCGGCAGCGCCCCUGGGAAAGAGAAGAAUGCACGGCUCGAGAAGCCAGGAGUGAGGACGGAGCGGCGGCAAGCUUCGCUCUCUUGGAGUUCUCGGGCUCCGGAGACUUUUGUGCGCGCACGCAAGACGCACGCCCCUCCGCCUGCCUCCCUCCAGCACCAUCAAGCGCUCGCAGCUCGGGACUGUUAAGAGAGCCCAGGCGUUUGUCUGCGGGUGUCUUUCUUGGAAGCGGAGAUCAACCUUUGGCUUUUCGCUCGCUGGAAGAGAGAGAUCCGGGGGGGCGGGGGGGGUGUUUGGAGAGAGAGAGAAAGAACCGGAGCCGGUGAGCAAACUCGGCUUGGCAACUUCGCCUGCUGCAAACGCCGGGAUCUCCCCGAGGAGGUAUCUGAACAGUGGUCUAAGCCUUUGCCAGGAAUCCAGAUCUGUAGGCUUGAAGAUCCAGGGUCUGCCUUCAACCUGCCAUGGGGCUGCUAUCUCUCUAAGAAGAGCUGGAGUUGUUGCGAUGCUUGGGCUCAUCUAGAGAAGCUAAGCAUAAUGCCUCAUGUUCUCUGGAUCUUUUAAGAAACGAUUAAUCUUUCCUUCUGGACUACACCAGGCAGCUGGGAUUCAGUCCCUAAGCACCGAGUUCUCAUUUGUUUAAUUGAUUGCCUAUUCUUGAAUAGGGCUUCAUCUCCUCUCCAUUCCCUUUUAAAGGAGUGCUAUUCCCAGCGGCAUUUAUCAUCGUUAAAAGACUUUUUUUAAUGCACUGUGGGAUUUCUGAAUAUAUUUUCAUUCGUUGGGCUUUGUUUUCCCCUUGGCUUCUUCGGAGUUUUAUCUCGACAAGUUAUCACAUACGCACAACACACUGUGAUGCCUUCGUAAAUCAAAGCAGCAGCUGCCCUCAUUCAUGAUGGGGCGGGAACAGGAACUGAUCCAAGCUGUGAAAAACGGAGACGUACUCGGUGUGCAGAAACUGGUGACCAAGAUCAAGGCAUCCAAAACGAAACUCUUGGGAUCAACAAAACGGUUGAAUGUGAACUACCAGGAUGUGGAUGGGUUUUCUGCGCUGCACCAUGCAGCCCUGGUUGGAAGCCUGGAGCUCAUUUCCCUGCUGUUGGAGGCACAGGCCACUGUGGAUAUUAAGGACAUCAACGGAAUGCGCCCACUACACUACGCUGCCUGGCAAGGGAAGGUGGAGCCAGUGCGCCUGUUGCUACGGGCAGCUGCUUCAGUCAACACGGCAUCACUGGAUGGACAGAUCCCAUUGCACCUUUCUGCACAAUAUGGCCAUUAUGAGGUGUCAGAGAUGUUGCUCCAGCACCAGUCCAACCCCUGCCUCAUCAACAAAGCCAAGAAAACCCCCCUUGACCUGGCUUGUGAGUUUGGAAGGCUGAAGGUGGCCCAGCUGCUUCUGAACAGCCACCUGUGUGUUUCUUUGCUCGAGGGACAAUCCAAAGACACAACUGACCCCAACUACACAACUCCUCUGCACUUGGCAGCCAAGAAUGGGCACAAGGAAAUCAUCAGGCAGCUUUUGAAAGCCGGAAUCGAAAUCAACAAACAGACAAAGACUGGCACAGCCCUGCACGAGGCAGCGCUGUAUGGGAAGACGGAGGUGGUGCGCCUGUUGCUGCAGGGUGGCAUCGAUGUCAACAUUCGCAACACCUACAAUCAGACAGCCCUGGACAUUGUGAACCAAUUCACUACGUCACAUGCCAGCAAGGACAUCAAACAACUACUGCGAGAAGCAUCAGGAAUCCUGAAAGUCCGAGCUCUGAAGGAUUUUUGGAACCUCCAUGACCCAACAGCUCUGAACAUCCGUGCUGGAGAUGUCAUCACGGUCCUAGAGCACCAUGCAGAUGGACGCUGGAAGGGCCAUAUUCAUGACGCUCAGAAAGGCACCGACCGAGUUGGCUACUUCCCUCCAUCCAUUGUAGAAGUCAUCAGCAAGCGCACAGCAGGUGAUAGGAACAGUGUGGGCAGCGAGGGCAGCAUUGGUAGCAUCCGGAGUGCCGGCAGCGGGGAGAGCACGGAGGGUACCAAUGGCCAGAACACUGGACUUCUCAUUGAGAAUGUGAAGCCACUUUCACCUGGCGGGGAAGAUCUUUACCAGCAUCUCAUGGGUUCCAGUUCUCAGAAUGGCCAAACAAACUCCAUGAUAGGGACUUUGGUGCACCAGAACCUCACCAACUGCAACACCAGUGAGAGGAUCUUCUCUCAUCAGUACCUACGGCCAGAGCAGCUCCUAGAGGGGAAGGAUGCUGAAGCUAUAUACAAUUGGCUGAGCGAAUUCCAGCUGGAGUGCUACACAGCCAACUUCCUGAAUUCAGGCUACGACGUGCCGACCAUCAGCCGCAUGACUCCGGAGGAUCUCACAGCCAUUGGGGUGACAAAACCAGGCCACAGGAAGAAAAUCUCCACUGAAAUUGGGCAGCUCAGCAUUGCUGAAUGGCUUCCAAAUUACAUCCCUGAUGACCUGAUGGAAUGGCUGAGUGCCAUUGGACUACCCCAGUAUCACAAGAAGCUGGUGAGCAACGGCUACGACUCCAUCGGCAUAGUGACAGAUCUGACCUGGGAAGAUUUGCAGGAAAUUGGCAUUAACAAGCUCGGCCACCAAAAGAAGAUCAUGCUGGCUGUCAAGAAACUGACAGAUCUCCGCAAGAGCCUGAACCAAGCUGAUGCCAACACUCUGAGACGAAAGAUCCCUGGCGCCUUAGACAUUGUUACCAUUGAAUCUGUUGAGAAUGGGGAGUGCCACUCUCCCCACACCCCCAAGAUGACCACUUUCCAGGACAGCGAGCUGAGUUAUGAGCUCCAGACAGCCAUGUCUAACAGCUGCCAGGAGACGCUGACCAUCAAGAAUGCUCAGGGCAUAUCCCGGAGCCAAGAGAGCAUUGGCAUGCGCUCCAGGGGCUCAGGGCACUCACAGGAGAACAUGCUGUCCCAAAGUGCCACCUCAAGCCAUUCUCAGGAGAGCUUGGGCAGUGGCGAAAGCAUCAGUAGCAGCAGUGGCGGGCAUUCUUCCACCCAGCCCCACCUCAUGGACAAUUCCACUAACUCUCAAGGGCGACCCAGCCCAGAAAACUUUGGGACGUUUCUUCCACAGCCCAGUUGCCUAGAUGGAGUCAAUGGCUAUUCCAAUGGUUGUUUGGGAAGUCCCUUGAGAGAGAGAAAUUUGCCUGAGGGCAUGGAUCAGUACCAGAGACCCAGUGCCCUUCCCUACACAGCACCAGCAGAGCUACCAAACCCAUCUCCCUGCACGUCACCCCACACAGCCAGCAAGAGAACCGCCCCCUACGUCUUCAUGUAUCCCCACAUGUCAAUGAAGGCACAGCAAUCUCAUUCACCUUCUGUUCCGGAGCAGACCUGCGCUCAGAGGACCACCCUACAAUCAACAGCUCAGAAAGCUUUCUCCUAUCUCUAUUCUCACUGUGGGGGCACAGAGCCACCUCACGUGCCCCCAAAGCCUGUCGCUUCCACCACCUUCAGGGAACCGCAAAAUGGCGAGGGACCGAAGCCUAAGAAACGUUCACACAGCUUGAACCGCUAUGCGUUGAGUGACGGGGAGCCCGAGGACGAGGAGCCGCCCACUAGCUCAGUGGGCUCUUAUGCUACUUUGACCAGACGGCCCGGACGAAGCCAGGUGCCACGGGCACAGCCACCCGCCGAUGUUAAGGUUUCGCGCAGCCAGUCCUUUGCCAUCCGUGCCAGAAGGAAAGGCCCUCCACCCCCUCCUCCUAAACGCCUCAGCUCAGUCUCCAGUGCGCAAGCUGUCGAUGCUGAGAAUGAACAGGGCUUGGAGCCACAGAAAGGGUCUUUGCCUUCUGAAGAUGAAGGAGAUAAUCUUCGCAAUAUGAGUCGUCCUUUGAGAAGUGCAUCGGCUGUAACUGAGGGACCCGCAACUGAGGAGAGCACAGGUAAACCUCUUCAGUCUCCAAACCCCAUGGGUUUUGAUGAAGAGGCGGCUAACAAGGCAGGCCUACACAAUUCUAUCGAAGGGGACUCUGGCAGCACGGAAGCCGCUGGUGGUAGAAGCCAGCUCAUUGAAAGCAACACUUCCAGGAGACGGACGUUUAGUGAGCCUAUGGUCCCCGUGACUGAAACGUCACUGCAGAGCCACGAAGACAUCCAGUCAGACAGUGAUGAAGAGGCCCAGGCGGGGAAAGAUGGCCAAGCCCAGUCUCCCUGCUCUUCCCAGAGCAGUUCCAGCGAGUGCAUUCCCUUUGCAGAAGAAGGCAAUCUGACCAUCAAGCAGCGACCAAAGCCCAUUGGACAGCUAAAGACAGAUGCCGCCAUGCCGGACUCUGCCCAAGCUCAGCCUAGUGGCAAAGAACAAGGAGACCCAGCAAGAGAGGCCCUGGUACCAGAGUUUAACCUCACUGAAUCUGACACCGUGAAGCGCAGGCCCAGGUGCAAAGAGAGGGAGCCCCUCCAGAAUGUGCUGAAGGCUUUUGGCGUUGAUGUCCCCAGCCCAGCCACAACCGCCCCAACACCACAGUAUGCCCAAGCUCAGAUAGUAAGCAUCAGCGGACCAUCCUUACACGUGACGGAGCUGCAGUCCACCGGAGACACUUUUGAUGACGACAGCAUGGAAUUGCAGAUUGCUGAGAUAGAGAAAAGCAUCCUUUCUCUGGAAAGGGGAAUCAAGAAACCUCCUUUCUCUUUGAAACCAACCAGCCCGACGCCACUGCAGAUGGAGAGACAUGGAAGAUCGGUCCAACUGAGGGCACCAGUCACAGGGACAAAUGACUUCGCCAAACACACAUCCAUUGCUUCUACGAAACUGGUAUUUUCAGGGCCGAAAACUAUCUACCAGCAAGUCCUGCAGAACUCCCGCAACACUGUUGCCCCCUGGGCAGCCACUGAAAUGGUUACAGGAUCCUACCCUGUGAAAUUGGGGCUCAGUAGCAAGCAAGCCUUGAAUUUUGGGGUGCCCCUUUUAACAAGGCCUUUGAAUGCAUCUCCAGACAUGACUCAGGUUCAGCAAAGAGUGGAAGAAACCAAUUCGUCCUUAGUAUCCACUCCUGAGGCUGCUGAAAAGAAGAGAAGCGCAGAAGAAGCACAGAGCCACUACGGGACACUGCACUCUACCAAGAACAUCCUGGAAGACAUCAGCAACAUGUUCGAUGAUCUAGCAGAGCAGCUGGAUGCCAUGCUGGACUGAGGGCAAGCUCCUCUCCUGGACUGCAGGUUCCUCUUCCUGCUACACUGUGCUUGACUAAUGGACGGCCUUGAGUAGGUGGCUCUGCAGCUACUUCUGAUUUCUGUUUCUGUAUGUUGCCAUCUUGCUCAAGUGGAGGAGGAGGAACAGUCUCGGGCAUAACAUUCAGCCUAGGCCAGCCGCAGUCAGCCUGGGACCUGCAUCUCUGAGAUGGGGCUGAAGCACAAUGGGUUGAGAGCACUCGUUGCAUGCAAACUUCCUUUUCCUUACAUGCAUCAGAACCCUUUCCAGGCCUGACAAGCUUCAUUGCUCCCAACUCCCAGAAAGGAGCUGAUGAUGGCCCUGCUGCUUGGACUCACUGUUGAGGAAAGGCUGAUGCCAGAGAGCCUUCCUUGAGCCUCUUAGCCUCUUCCCGCUGCAAUGCCACAAACAUCUCCAUUCCUGCCUUUUGUCAUUUACAGGUGCCAAUAAUAUGUCACUUUGGGUGGUGACAGCAGCAAGGGGACCAGGCACUCAAUAAGGACCACUGCUCUCAGUUGCCAAGACUGGUAACCUGGCAUUUUGCAGAGCAAGGCAAAAUCUUUGCUGAUUUUUUUCCCCCAACACAUCACUAGGAAAAGUACCGUGUAAUCUGGGUGGACUGAAAUCCUCCCCCUUAGUUCCCCCUUCUCCUCUCCUUCAAAAAGCAGCUGGCCAGACUCAACGCUCUCAGAGGAGCAAACUGGGCUCGAUAUUUCAAUAACAAGCUUUUCGGUGGAACUGAAAACUAUUUGACCUUCUUUCCAAGUACCUUGGCCUUGUUCAUCGUGCCAGGAGUGGGAAGGGAGGGGAGAGGUCUUCCACUCCCUUCCAUCCUGUCUGUAGUAACUGGGAGGAAAAUGCUGUUAAGUAUUAUAAUGUAUAUACAGCGCCCUCUUGAGACAAAGAGGAUGCCUGUCAUGCCAAAUCACUCCCCAUUGUAGCUGUACGAAAAGUAAUUUUUGCCCCUCAGCUGCGAAUGCUCCUCCCUUGUCCUUUGCCCUACUGGCAGCAUGUAUGACGGCAAAUAGAGACACUGCCUUUUUUCAUAAAAUGAACUCUGGCAGAGCCUGCGCAACUGACAAAGCUGCCUCCCAAGGCCCUUACUCUACAGCAGGGGUCCUCAAACUUUUUAAAUAGGGGGCCAGUUCACUGUCCCUCAGACUGUUGGAGGGCCGGACUGCUGUUACUGUACAAGGCCGCGGGCCGUCAGUUCUCCGUCUUCUGCAUCUCUCUCCCUUCCCCACACCACACACCCCGGCCUGGGAACUCAGCUCACCUCGGUAUCACCUCAUACUCUGUCUCCGCCGCCUCAGCCCAGUGCCGGAAGUGUGCGUUGCUAACACGAGUUUAGGUCGAACGUCACUUCCGGUCUGAUUUUGCCAUAACCCGGCGGGCCGCAUAAACGUCCUCAGAGGGCCGCAUCUGGCCCGUGGGCCGUAGUUUGAGGACCCCUGCUCUACAGCAAGAGGCUAACUGAGCAGCUUGUCCACUGCUCAACUGCCCACCAGCCCAUUGCUUCUUUGAAAAUGGGGCAGAACAGCAGCCAUGUGACAAACCACCUCCCUUGUGGUGUUCUGCAUUGAAGAGGAAGACCUUGUGCAUCUCUAUACCACAUAUUUAAAUAAGACCGAGAUGGUGCCAAGCUGGCCUAACAUGACCAAGCGAGAGGAUGGAAAACAAAAAUGCACAAUUAGUACUUGUGUACCAUGUGCCGUGAAUGGAAUAAAAACCACCGAGGAACUAUGUUUCAGAAUGGAAAAGUAAAAUGAGAGUGGAAAUGUAUAGCCCAGCCCUGUGCUAUCAGUGGAGGCGUACAUGGCAAUUUAAGUGUUUAGAAUUCGAGCCCCUGACACUGGUAUCAUUGGGAAGGCUUCUGCUGAGAGUUUCAGUGCAGGAUUUAAAAAGGAAAAAAAGCUUUUAAUGGCUCAUAGAUGGGAGGUAGCAUGUAUGUAAAUUCUGAAGGGGAAAGGCAAAAGCAAUAAGGUCUGGUUGCAUUUUAGAGCUGCACAGCUUUUGGUGCAGAUUUUUUUACUCUCUUUGGAUCCGUGGUAUCGAGUGGAUUUGUCAUGCUCUGCUCUGGCUAAUAGCUGGAGCCGACAGGAUAAUUUUUAAAAAAAAAUAGCUGCAACCUGUGGCACUUUAUAAAAAGGUUCAAAGAAGCCUUUUUUUUAAUUAAAGAAGGUUUUGAAUUUCACACUAGCUGACCUGGGAUGAGUCCAUUUUCUUCACUGUUGAUAAAAUUGUAAUUUUUUUAAAAAAGAAAGAAAUGUAUAUAUUUUUAAAGUGUGGUUUGUUAUAUAUUUACUAACCAGUCGUACUUUAGGGUCUGGGAUGGAAUCACGUUAAUGUCUGAGCCACUCGGGUGCAGUAAAAUGCUGUUCUUGUUAUCACUGAUGAGGGAAAUCCAGCUUAUUUUUUAAGAGCUCAUCCUUUAUUGUAAAAGAUAUCGUAUGCUGUGUAAAUUAUGUAUGGAUGCAAAGGGGUCUAACGAACCUUGGUCACAUGUGCAAACGUCAGAAAGGCAGAUUUAAACCAUCUGGCCCUUUGGUUUUAAUCACGAGUUCUUGUAUUCCACUAAUAUCAGUCGCAACUUAAUGGUAUUAAACACUGGGGUCUGUUUUGCCCUUUUGAUGCU